GGGCCGGGCCGGGGCGGGCGCGGAGCUGCGGGCGCCGGGACUCGGUCGCAGCCCCCGGCCCGGCCCGGCCAUGGCCCCGGCCCCGGCCCCGAUCCCGAUCCCGACCCGGCUGCUCCUGCCCCUGCUGCUCCUGGCGGCCCCCGGCGCCGCCGCCCGCGGGCUGCGGUUCGUGGAGAGCCCGGGCAACCGGACGGCGUCGCCGGGCCAGGAUGUGGCGCUGCGCUGCACCGUGCAGGCCCCGGACGAGCCCCCCGACAUCACCUGGCACCACAACGGGCACCCGCUGGAGCUGGCCGACAGCAACCAGCUGCACCUGCCCCUGCACGAGGACGACUGGCUGGGCACCAGCGAGCUCAGCAUCCUAGCAGUGCAGUUGUCUGACAUGGGCUGGUACCAGUGCGCCCUGUGGGUGGACGGGGAGCAGAUGCUGUCGGAUGAGGCUCAUCUGACCCUGGAGGGCCUCCCUGUGUUCUCCGAGGAGCCCCAGGACCAGACGGUGGCAGCUGAGACCCCCCUCAACCUCAGCUGCGGGGCCCAGGGCCCCCCCGAGCCCGUGCGGCUCGUGUGGCUGCAGGACGGAGCCCCCCUCAAUGGCCUCCACGAGGCCCUGGCCCGGGUGCCCUCCACCCUCACCCUGGCAGGCCUGACCCGCAGCGCCGAGUUCUCGUGCGAAGCGCACAACGCCAAGGGCGUCACCACCUCCCGCACGGCCGUGGUCACAGUGGUGCCGCAACAACCCCAGAACCUGGCGCUGGUGACCCAGAGCACGACGGCGCUGGAGCUGGCCUGGGAGCCGGGGGCCAGCGGGGACGAGCCCCUCACCCACUGCACCGUGCAGCCCCUGCCCAUUAUGGAGGGGGGGCUACAAAGGUGCUGCGCUCGGACGAGGAGCUGCCCCCGGCCCCCCCCCAACACCCCUCGUGCCCUCAGCAUCUCGGUGCCCCCCUUCGGCCUGGUGCUCGGGGACCUGGAGCCCUUCGCCAGCUACCACGUGCGCGCCGCCUGCCGCAGCCGCGCCGGCGCCUCCCGCUGGACCCAUUGGCUGCCUGCCCGCACCCUCGAGGCCCCGCCCAGCGCCCCCCCGGACGACGUGAUGGCUACCCGCAAUGGGACCCGCGCUCUGGUGCAGUGGCGGGAGCCCCCCGGCCGCCUGCCCGGGGUCCUGCACGGCUACCGCCUGGCCUAUCGCAGCGCCGGCCUGCCCGAGGUGGUGGUGGACGUGGGGCUGGCGCGGGAGGCGGCGCUGGAGCUGGCGCCGGCCGUGCAGAACCUGACGGUGCGCGUGGCCGCCCGGACCGGCGCCGGCGAAGGGCCCUGGAGCUUCCCCCUGCCCGUGCCCGGCCCCGACCAUGACGGCCAGCCGGAGCCGCAGACAGUGAGGGACGUGGCGGCCCCCGCCCUGGCCUGGCCCUGGUGGGCUGUGGUCGUGGCCGUGGCAGCGGCCGGAGCCUUCAGCAUCAUCCUCGUCCUCUUCCUCGCCCGGGUGCGGCGCAAGGAGACGCGCUACGGUGAAGCCUUCGAGCCGCGGCUCGAGCGGGGUGAGCUCGUGGUCCAUUACCGCGUCCGCAAGUCCUACAGCCGCCGGACCACCGAGGCCACGCUGAACCGCCUGGGCAUCAGUGAGGAGCUGAAAGAGAAGCUGCGGGACGUCAUGGUCGACCGGCACCGCGUGGCCCUGGGCAAGACGCUGGGUGAAGGCGAGUUCGGCGCGGUGGUCGAGGGGCAGCUGCACCGCGACGGCGCCGUGCUCAAGGUGGCCGUGAAGACCAUGAAGAUUGCCAUCUGCACGCGCAGCGAGCUGGAGGACUUCCUGAGCGAGGCCGUUUGCAUGAAGGACUUCGACCACCCCAACGUCAUGACGCUGAUUGGGGUCUGCCUGCAGAGCUCGGAGAGCGGGGGCUUCCCCGCCCCCGUCGUGCUCCUGCCCUUCAUGCAGCACGGAGACCUGCACAGCUUCCUGCUCUACUCGCGCCUCGGAGACACCCCCACGUACCUGCCGAUGCAGACGCUGCUGAAGUUCAUGGCCGACAUCGCCAGCGGCAUGGCCUACCUGAGCAGCAAGAACUUCAUCCACCGUGACCUGGCGGCGCGGAACUGCAUGCUGGAUGAGAGCAUGCGGGUGCGCGUGGCCGACUUCGGGCUGUCCAAGAAGAUCUACAGCGGCGACUACUACCGCCAGGGCCGCAUCGCCAAGAUGCCCGUCAAGUGGAUCGCCAUCGAGAGCCUGGCCGACCGCGUCUACACCACCAAGAGCGACGUGUGGUCGUUCGGGGUGACCAUGUGGGAGAUCGCGACGCGGGGGCAGACGCCGUACCCGGGCGUGGAGAACAGCGAGAUCUACGACUACCUGCGCCAGGGCCACCGGCUGCGCCAGCCACCCGACUGCCUCGACGGCCUGUACGAGCUGAUGUCGAGCUGCUGGACGCUGAGCCCCCGGGACCGGCCGGGCUUUGAGGAGCUGCACGAGGCGCUGGCCAAGAUCCUGGGGGGGCUCCCGCCCCCCAUGGACCCCGCCGAGACCCUCUAUGUCAACAUGGAGGAAGGGGGAGCAGGCGAGAGGGCGGAGCUGGGUGCUGUGGGGGGGUGGGGCCCCGAAGAGCCAGGCUGCCCCAAGGGUGGGUGUGUGGGGGCUGCCGGGGCCCAGGUGCCCCCUCCACGGGGGGCCGGGCGCUAUGUGCUAUGCCCACCCCCCCACGAGGGCAGCCGGGCCCUGGGAGACCCCCCUGGGACCUCCUCGCCCUGCACUGCCUCUGAGGAGGGGGCUUGAGUGGGGCUCGGGGGGGUGGUCUCUUGGACCCCUACCCCCACCCCCAUUGGGCUCUUCCCAGUAUGCUCUGGGGCACCUGGGGGGGCGGGGCAGGAUGGAGUGCCCCCUCUUCCUGGUGAGACACCCCUGGCACAUAACCUCCCACAGGGGUGGGGGGCUAGGGGCAUUUGAGGGGGGCAACUAGCCCUGCGGGACAAGGGCUGGCUGGGCCUGGCUGCCCCCCUUGGCCCCCCCACAGCCACUAGCCCCCCCCCCCCCCCCUCCAGUUGGUACAUUCCCCUCCCCAAGCUGUUUCACUGCCAUUGCUCCCCCCAUCCCUGGCCAAUCGUCCAUCCGACAGACCCCUGACCCCCCCCCCCGCCCCCAAGCCUGAAGGUCAGUAGGGCAGGACAUGGCCCCUUUGCCCCCCUGCCCCAGCCUCCACACUCCCCCUCUCCCCCCCCCACCAUUCUGGGGUGGUGCCCGACAUGUCCUGAGCAUGCCAAGCCUCAGCUCCCACAGCCCCAGGAAGGUGGACCCUGGCUGGGCCCGCGGCCCCGAUCCAGCACCCCCACCCCCCCCACCUCACAACCAAGCCCAGUCUCCUCUGUACAUACUGCCCCGUUUUGUACGUGCUGUAUAUGAACUGGUUUGUACGCCCCACGCUCGGCGCUGUACGUGCCUGGGAAUAAACACACUCUUUGCAGAA